AUGGCGGCACGGUACACGAAGUGCACGUGCGGAAAACGAUGUAUAUAUAUGAAUUUCAAUAUUGCGGAAAUUCCGCAGCAGAUAUUCCGCAAGUGUGACUGUGACACCGGUCCAAACGUGGGAGAGAAAAACGUCAGACAGUCGAACGCGCACCAUGGUGAACUUGAACAGAGUCGGACCUCGGAACUGUCCGCCGAACACAACGCUUUUCGACCGGGCUGUGUCACCAGCUGUGCUAAUGGUACCUAUGCCAAAAACUGCAGAUUGACCGGUGGUUGA